AUGCCGAAAUUCUUCUGCGAUUACUGCGACGUCUACCUGACCCACGACUCCAUGAGCGUGCGCAAGGCUCACAACAGCGGUCGAAACCAUCUACGAAAUGUCGUCGAUUACUACCAACAGAUAGGCCACGAAAAGGCCCAGUCCGUCAUCGACUCCAUCACUUCUUCGUACGCUGCUGAGGGCCAGGCUCAUGCCAAUCCUAUGCUUCCUCAAAACCAACCCGGAGGAGCAGCAGCCGCAGCCGCCGCAGCACAGGCUGGCUUUCCUGGGAUGCCACCACCUCCAUUCAACUUCCCGGGCGGCAUGCCACCUCCUUUCCCCGGAAUGCCUGGUAACUUGCCACCCCCACCUGGUGCAUUUCCUCAGGGCAUGCCUCCUCCUCCAGGCCAAGGCGGUCGAGGUCUUCCGCCACCACCAUUUCCUCCGGGACCAGGCGGUUUACCCCUCCCACCACCUGGCGCCGGCCUUCCCUUCCCGCCACCGGGUGGCCUCCCAUUCCCACCUCCGGGCGCACUCGGUGGCAACGCCCCUCCCUUCGCGUUCCCCGGCAUGCCUCCACCUGGACAGGGCUUUCCUGGUGGACCGACACCGCCUGGAGCUGGUGGUUUCCCGCCUCCUCCCGGACACUCUGGGCCUCCCGGACGCUAG